GCUAGGUGGGAAACAGAAGGGAAAGCGCAGCCGGUGCAGCCGGGGCUCACCUGGAGGGGUGCUGAGCUCCUUCUGCAGGCUCCUCCUGCAGGAGGGGAGAGCUCACCCGGUCCCAUCCCCCCCCCCCCCUUUCGCCCAGCGGGGCCGCAGCUCCCUCACGUGCCCCAUCAAACAUUAACAGCCCCUCUGCGGGCCGGGUGGCACGGGCUGGCCGCAGCACGCAGCCAGCAUGGCGCUCAGCACCCGCCUCGCCUCGCGCCUCCGGCCGGCCCUGGCAGCUCUGUGCCGGGCGGUCCCCGGGCAGCGCCGGGGGCUCAGCACCCCUCCUGGCCUGGAGCCCACGCUCGACCUCGGGGGCAUCUUCCCACCCCUCGCCACCCCGUUCUCGGCCCUGCAGGAGGUGGACUAUGCCCAGCUGGAGGCCAACCUGCGCCGCUACGCCAGCAUCCCCUUCCGAGGGCUGGUGGUGCUGGGCUCCAGCGGGGAGUACCCGUACCUGGCACCCCGCGAGCGGCUGGAGGUGCUGAGCUGCGUGCGCCGCGCGCUUCCCCGGGACCGCCUGCUGCUGGCGGGCUCCGGCUGCGAAUCCACCCAGGCCACCGUGGAGCUGACGGUCAGCAUGGCAGAGGCUGGGGCCGACGCGGCGCUGGUGGUGACGCCCUGCUACUACCGGGGAGCCAUGAGCGCUGCCGCCCUGGUGCGGCACUACACGGAGGUGGCCGAGGCGUCCCCCAUCCCCGUGGUGCUCUACAGCGUCCCUGCCAACACCGGCCUGGAGCUGCCGCUGGAGGCUGUCCUCACCCUGGCUCAGCACCCCAAUGUCAUCGGCAUCAAGGACAGCGGCGGGGAUGUGAGCGAGGCAGGGCUUGCCAGGGGAACCCGGGGCUGGCCCCAAACCCGUCCCCGAGCCACCCCCAGGGCCCCACGGUGGGGACGGGGUGAUGCGCACCCCCAGGCACACCUCUCUCCCCAGAUCACCCGCAUGGGUCUCAUCGUCCACAAGACGCGGCAGGAGGAUUUCCAGGUGCUGGCAGGAUCAGCCGGCUUCCUUUUGGCGAGCUACGCCGUGGGUGCCUCGGGGGGAGUCUGCGCCCUCGCCAACGUCCUGGGGGCCCCGCUGUGCCAGCUGGAGCGCCUGUGCCGCCAGGGCUCCUGGCGGGAGGCCCGCGACCUGCAGCACCGGCUCAUCGAGCCCAACGCGGCGGUCACCCGCCGGUUCGGGAUCCCGGGGCUGAAGAAGGCCAUGGAGUGGUUCGGGUACUACGGGGGGCCCUGCCGCGCGCCCCUGGCCCCGCUGAGCCCAGCCCAGGUGGAGGAACUGAGGGGCGCCUUCAGCACCAACGGCUGGUUGUGAGCACCCAGGACAUGGCCCCGCAGCACAGGCAGCGCCGCCUCCCCCUGCCCCUUCCUGUACUGGGAAGCCAGGGACCACCGGGAGCUGGGGACGUGCGGGGGACAGCGGGGUCACGGCCAGGAGAAAGCCAGCCAUCUCGCCCCUUCCUGCUGGACAGGGCUGGUGGAGGGAAAGCUCAGCGCCCUGCGGCCACCCUCGUGUCCCUGGGCAUGCACCCAGCCCCGCCAGACCCCA